GGCGGCGGCGACGGCGGCAGCUGCAGGAGCAGCAGGAGCAGCGGCGGCGGCCGCAACAGGACCUCCUUCAUCCCGUUGCUCUGCCUUUUCUUCCUCCUCUUUUCGUUCCCGGCGAGAGCUCGUGCACUUCCCCUUAACGGCGGCCGGCUCCUACGGUCCCGAAGAGCUGGGAAGGCGGAAGUAAAGGCAUGACUUCCCGGCGCCGCAGGGAAAAUAGGGUGCAAGCCCAGAAACUGUUUCCCCACCACCACCUGUUGAAAAACUGAGUCGAAGGCGUCUCUGGGUCUGAACAAACUCAUUGCUAGGAUUGGAUGCGUCUGUAGUUUUGCAUCGGAAACCGUCUCUACUUAAUAUCAAGGAAAAACAAACCAAAACAAAAAGCCAACUGGAAAUUAAGUCGAAGAGCUGUAUUCAGAGACAAAAUGGAACGAUUUGUUGUAACAGCACCACCUGCUCGCAAUCGUUCUAAGACUGCUUUGUAUGUAACUCCUCUGGAUCGAGUCACUGAAUUUGGAGGUGAACUUCAUGAAGAUGGAGGAAAACUCUUCUGCACUUCUUGCAAUGUGGUGCUGAAUCAUGUUCGCAAGUCUGCCAUUAGUGACCACCUCAAGUCAAAGACUCAUACAAAGAGGAAGGCAGAAUUUGAAGAGCAAAAUGUGAGAAAGAAGCAGAGGCCCCUGACUGCAUCUCUUCAGUGCAACAGUACUGCGCAGACAGAGAAAGUCAGUGUUAUCCAGGACUUUGUGAAAAUGUGCCUGGAAGCCAACAUCCCCCUGGAGAAGGCUGAUCAUCCAGCAGUCCGAGCAUUCCUGUCUCGACAUGUGAAGAACGGAGGGUCCAUACCUAAGUCAGACCAGCUGAGGAGAGCAUAUCUGCCUGAUGGAUAUGAGAAUGAAAAUCAGCUCCUCAACUCACAAGAUUGUUGACAAGGCAGUUAUGACCAUUGUGAUCAAGAUAAAUAAUGUGGAGUAUUAAAGUUAAUGUGUUGAUUGUGUGGUUCAUUUUUAUAUUUAUUUCAUUUUAAAUCAUGUGAUUCAGAAUAGUUUUGCAAUGUGUAUAUAGUUACAGGCAAAAGACAGAAACCUCACUGCAAAACUUGCUAAUUUUAGUCACCGAUGAUAUAAAGUAAAGCUUAGCUAUAGAGUGUAUUAGGCUAUCUGAAACCUGGUGGUUAUCUUUAAAACUGACAGAUGUUCUCCUGAAAUGUUUGUGCAUGGAAGAACUUCCCUGCAUUGUAGCCCUGUUGCCAUGUAUGAUUUUUUUUCUUAUGAGGUUACAUAAUUUGGAUUGAGAACUAGCCUAGAAGACUGAAGCUGCUGCCAGGCUAUACCUUUCCCAAGACCUUGAAGAAGUUCAAAUUCUUUUCAAAAUAGACAAGGCCAGAAAUGUUCUUAGAGCUUGAGAUCUCUAGGAGAAAUGACUGUUCGGAUUACAUUCUACUUGUAUGUGAAAUAAUUGCCUAACCUUCACUUCUCACAGUCUCAUUUUCUGCUUUUUAAAGACAUGUAUUUAGUAGCAGCUUCAAGUGACCAAAAGACUAAAAUCUCUCUUAAUGUCUUUGCCAAAAGCCAUGAGGGAUUUUGCAGUGAUGAGAUUUUAGUCUUGAACUAUGAACAAAAAUUUUCAAACCAUAGUUUUCAUGUUAAAUACCAUCCUGGAUUUGCAAACUUUUUUAUGUCUUGGUAUUAAGACUACAGGACUGAUCUUUUAAUUUAAAUACACUGUCUUCUGUUUUCUCUUUUUACAGGGAAUUAGUUACUUUUUGGCUGACAACAAAUAAGAAAAUUGCUUUCUAUACAUUAAUUUUUCCAUAAGAUUUUAUAAGAGUUUAGGUAAAUAGACUAGAAACGAGUUUUAGUUUUACUUCUACUGCUUUGCCUCUGGUGAUGCAGGUUUUAAAACUUGGAUGCUUAACAAUCCAGAAAAAUGAGGCAACAAUUUUAUAGUAAAAAUAAAGCAGGAUGCUAAGUCAAGUAAUCAGUUCUGUUAAAGGUCAACCAUGUUUAGGUUCUCUGAACUUCACUUUCUGUAAGCUUAUUAGAAGUAAUUUAGCUCAAUAAGUCCUCUUCAUGAGAUCCGAAUUAUAUUUUUUAAAAGUUUAGUAACUGAAGACUUAGAGCUUUAAUAUUUAAAAAAAAAAAAAUAGUUGAAAACAGUGAAGUUAUAUUUCUAUUUUAAAUCAGUGGCAAGAUGCCCUGAGUGACUUGGAGUUAUCUUUGAGGUCAUUGUGCCGCAAAUUUCCAUUAAACAAAAAGCCAAAGUUAAUAGAAAAGGUAAUUUUUGGGUUUUGUUUUGUUUUGUUUUGUUUGUUUUUUGGGGGGGACACAGGGUCUUUUUACAUAGCCCUGGCUGUCCUGGAACUCACUGGAGGCUAGCCUCAAGACCCACCUGCCUCUUUCCCUUCUGAGCGCUGAGAUUAAUGGUGUGUACUAUCACACCCAGCAAUAAUUUGUGUUUCUAAGAACAGCUUGUCUAAUGGGUCUUACAGAUUUAACAUUCCCAAUUCAGGUUGUCAAAGUGACCACUUGCUUUGUUUUUAUUUUAAAAGCCUGCUAUGGAAGAAAAUAAUCAGUUCUCAAAAAUUGCAGUUUUUAUUUUCUCAUGUUUGGUUAUAUUCAUGUAGCACAUAAAUGCCUAGACUAGUUGUCUACUAACUGCAGUUGGUAAACACAGAGACCAGCAGCAAAGUAGACAGCGAUUGCUUCCACUUCCUUAAGGAAUUUGCAGGCAACCAUGUUUAAAUUGCCUAAGAUGGUAGGAAAUCUAAGCAACUAAAAUAAUUGAGUUUUGUACCACUAUUUUCAGAAGAAAAACAAUCAAUUUUUCAGAGUUCCAUGUGAUUUGGACUAUUCCCUGUUGUCUGGGACUAUGCACUGUCAGUAAACAUGGCAGAACAGCUUCUAGUAGUCCAGUAACAUGUUUGAUGUUGCACUAGGAAAAUAAUUCACCUUUGCCUUUCUUACAGUUACUACUGAUUUCACAGUUACUUAGUUCCUAUAGAACUGUUUUUCCAGGCUUGCAACUAUUCUUCCAUUUUGAAUCUCUAGGGGCAUAGUUCAUUCUGUUAGGGUUGUAUCAUGUCCUUAGAAUGAGGUUUCCAUCCCCUUGGGGGAAAAUUAGUAUUAAUGUUUCUUCACCGAUUAUGAACAUUUGUUUCUUGGAACUGGUUAAAUUUGUCUCAUAAAUGAUAACAGUGGUUAUAGUAGCCUGUGCAAACUGGUAAAGAUUUGCAAAACUAUGAUUGGCAUGUUAGAUUACAAAUGAGAGUGGCUAAAGUGUAUGCUAGGUGAGAGAGGCAAAGUGAGUUUAUGUACAGAAGCUUUCAAUCUUAUAUAGUGUUAGUAUGAUACGAUACUAUUGGACCAAUAGCAGCUCUUUUUUAUUAGUUGGAUGCAUUAUCACAAGCUUUGUAAUGUUUCAUUUAUAAACUGCCUUCAGCACAUGCUUACCUGUUAAUGUUUUCUCAAGAGUAUCAUAGUAUGUCUUCCAGACCCUCAUUGUAUCCUUACAGUAAAUAGGUCUAGCUUGUUGGAUUUCCUGUUGGUUUCUUUUUCAUUAUCUGUGACAUAUAGCAAGCCUGAAAGAUAUUGUAAUCAUUUUUUUUCUUUUACAGAGUGAGAAAUUAGAUUGUAUAUGAGAGCCUAUAUACUUAUUUUAUCCAUUAUCUUUGAUUAAGGCUUUCUAAUGUUACUUAGUAAAUGUUUCUUCCAGUUAAUGCCUGUGGCCCUACUGAAUUUUAAGGGACCAGAAAACUUUUAACAAGUAAAUCUUACUGUUUUAAACAGUAAAUUUGUCUGAUUAGGAAUGUUCUGAAAUUGGACAUACAGUUGGCAAGAUUCCUAAGCUAAAACUUUGGCCUGAAAGAAUGUGUACAUGAAUGUUAAUAAGUACAUGAAAGCAAAUUAAGUUUAAGGUGACCUAAAAAAAAGGCUAGAAACAAGUUUUCAUUUGAUUCUUAGUCUUUGUAAGAGCUCUCUGUUUGACUUACCUCAACUGCCAUUAAGUGAGGGUAAAUCACCUUAAAAUAACUGAUUUACAUGGAAAGUUAGUUGCAGAGUUUCCAUCCUAUCUGGCUUUGGCUUUGGUCAGCACCGGUGAAAUGUGAAGUGGCUAUUCUAAACCCUGGUUGAUCUCAACCCAUACUCCCAGACUGCUGAGGUAACUACAGUCCGUUACCUAGUGCUAUUCUACUUGUAUCCAGAAUACUGUAUUAAAAUUUUACUAUGUUAA